AUAUUUGACAUAACAAACGCUGCAUGCGUAUCGGCUAUUGUAGGGAAUCCUUGUUGCGUAUUGGUGACGCCUCACAAAGCACGUGACUUAGCGCAGCUGCCACCCUCCUCCGGCCUCACUGACAGUGUGUGAGUUAGUAGAGUUAAAGAUGGCGCCGCACCAGGUUCGGUUGACUCGCGAGAGCCGGCAAUAAGUGGGCAGAGAACGGAGAGUACGGAAAGGCAGGCAUAGCGAGCUUUUACCGGAGUUGCGGUAAGGUCAGAGUCAGUGAAACGAGAGACAAGAUUCACUGAGAGCGAAAAGGGGUACAGCCUCCGGUGUCCUUGGAGAAGGCGGUGAGGAAGAGGAGGCACUAGGUGAAACGGAGGGUGACAAGGAGGAGAGGAAGAGGUGCGGGAAGCCGUCCGGUGCCAUGUUGUCGGUACUUUCUUACGGCAGACUUGUAGCUAGAGCGGUGCUGGGUGGGCUCUCCCAGACCGAUUCCCGGGACUACAGCUUGAUAACUGCCAGCUGCGGCUUCGGGAAGGAUGCGAGGAAGGGCAUCCUGAAGAAAGGCAUGUGCUACGGGGACGACGCGUGCUUCGUAGCCCGGCACCGGACAGCAGAUGUGCUCGGUGUGGCCGAUGGUGUUGGAGGAUGGAGAGACUAUGGCGUUGACCCUUCUCAAUUCUCAGAGACUCUUAUGCGGACUUGUGAACGUUUGGUGAAAGAAGGACGGUUUGUGCCAACCAACCCUGUUGGAAUACUUACGACUAGUUAUUGUGAGCUGCUCCAGAACAAAGUACCUUUAUUAGGAAGCAGCACAGCUUGUCUAGUAGUUUUGGACAGAACAAGUCAUCGUUUACACACUGCAAAUUUAGGUGAUUCUGGAUUUCUAGUGGUCCGAGCCGGCGAAGUGGUCCACCGGUCUGAUGAGCAGCAGCACUACUUCAACACUCCGUUCCAGCUCUCUAUAGCCCCUCCGGAGGCUGAAGGUGUUGUGCUCAGUGACAGCCCUGAUGCUGCUGACAGUAGCUCAUUUGAUGUUCAACUAGGAGAUAUUAUAUUGACAGCAACUGAUGGACUUUUUGACAAUAUGCCUGACUAUAUGAUUCUACAGGAGCUCAAGAAGUUAAAGAAUACCAAUUAUGAGAGUAUACAGCAGACGGCGCGUAGCAUUGCAGAGCAAGCCCAUGACCUGGCCUACGAUCCAAAUUACAUGUCACCUUUUGCACAGUUUGCAUGCGACUAUGGACUGAAUGUUAGAGGAGGAAAACCAGAUGAUAUCACUGUUCUUCUUUCUAUAGUAGCAGAAUAUACAGACUGACCUUCCUGGAGCAUCUGAUACAUUUUUUUUUUUCUUCUAUAGAACUCUUAAAUUUAUGUUGCACUGUUUCCUGCUGGCAGGAUUACUAUUUCUUUUCAAUUGAUUUCAUUGGCCAGUUAUGAAAGACCUUAAAAAAAGGCUAUAUCUGUGUUUGAUACAACCAAGGUCAAUGUAGGAACUGCAAUCAUGGAAGCAUCGAAUGGGACCUUUUUAAAGGAACCAGCUUAAAAAUGUACCCUGAUUGAAGGAAAAAUAAUAAUAAUAAAAAAAAAAUAUAGGAGCAUACCAUAUGAAACCCAUAUAACAUUAAUGUGUUUGAUUCAUUUUUUGUCUUUUGUUUUAUUAUGUAUAUAUUAAUGUACAUAAUAUGUCAGUUAUUUUUAUUAUAGUAUUUUCCCCAUUUUACCAAAAAGAA